AUGUGUUCUCAACAGGUUCCUCCUGGGCUCUCUGAAGAGGUCCCAAAGAGCAAUCAAAGGGCAUCAGGAAAGAAACAGACUGAAGAACAAAGUAUUAAAGACUGGAACUAUGACAUGGAAAAUUUCAUCAGCAAUGAAGAUCCUCCUGCUGCACAUGAGAUCCCAGAAGCUGAGAAGCAAAAUGCUGCAGCAGUGGCCCAGACCUUAAUGGCACAAAGAUCCCAUGAAGCCAGGGGAAGAAACAGCAUCUGGAAGACCCUUGGUGAAGUUUAUCAAGUGCCUCAACAGAUGGAGCUGGUCACCAAGCCACCAUUUGGAUCCCUUGGAGGAAGAUUUCCAGAUUUGUCCUUUUCUUUCAAUGCUGACCCAAAUAUGCCACACUCUGGGGGUCCAAGGGCAGUUGAUGGAAAGGACUUGGGCUAUGAUCCCAGCAAGAUUCUGGUGCUCAGGGAUGUUGGUGAAGUUGUGGUGCCUGAUGCCAAGAAGCAGAAAAAAUGAGAGGCACACUCAGAGUUUGUUGGUUGAUGACAAAUGCACUGAACAAUGAGUUAAAUGGCAACCAA